AUGCAAGUUUCUAUUAUUUAUUUCAUUUCUCUUAUUGGUUUCAUUCAUGUAUGUUCAUCGGCCUCAUCUCCCGAAUGGACAGGCUUCUACAAUGUUGAUGAUAGUUGUCUUCAAGCUGAAUGUUGUUGUGUAUCUGAACAAGCAACAAUAACCAAACCUAACAAUGCAGAACUUUUAGUUACAGCUAAUGUUGCUGGUGCACCAUGUCAAGCACAACUCAAUGGAUCAACUACAAUAUCUGUAUUACUUCCAAUACCUCAAGAUAAAAAUGGUUUUCAAAUAACAACAAAUUUUCUUGGUACUAACAAUCGAUUUACUCUCAAUGCUGAUAGUCAAUACAUUGCUAAUGUUAAUUUAGACAAUCCAAAAUGUAGUGGUAUGGCACGACGAGCUAUUAGUAAUUGGGUAGGAACAUACAGCAUUGAUGAUAGUUGUAAUCAAAAUGAUUGUUGUUGUUUAUCUGAACAAGCAACUAUUAGUAAAAGAAGUGAUACACAAUUUUUAGUAUCAGCACGUGUUGCUGGUGUACCAUGUCAAGCACAAUUGAAUGGUUCAACUACAAUUGAAGUACCUAUUCCAGUUCCUCAAGAUAAAAAUGGUUUUCAAAUAACAACAAAUUUUCUUGGUACUAACAAUCGAUUUACAUUAACUUAUGAUAAUAAAUAUAUUGCUAAUGUUAAUUUACAAUCUCCAAGAUGCAGUGGUAUGGGACGACGAAUCGAUGGAGACAAUAAUACAGCUUCAUUGAUUUCGUCAUCAUCAAUCCUUAUUCUUAUCAAUGCUUUUUUAUUUCGUAUGAUUUGUGCAUGA